GGCGCCGGUUUCUAGGGAGCUGGGCGCAUGCGCCGCGUGAGGGGCCCGGCCGGCGGAAGGAGGCGCUGCUACCGGAGGCCUCGGCGCGCUUGCGCAGUAGCUGAACGCGGGCGUUUCUUUCCUCCCUUUUUUUCGAAUUGGUUUUGGGGGUAGAUUCGAGUUACAAAAUGGCCGCCCGGAGCGUGUUCGGCGCGGUUACCACGGCAGUCUCGGGCUGAACCGGCUCUCUCGCCUCCCUGCCGAACACAGCGUGAGGAGCCCCCCCCGGGGACAUGGUGUUUGAGUCUCUGGGCUUGCUGAGCACCAAGUUCUCUGAGGCCCGCAGGGCAGCACCGGAAGCGGCCGAGCGCGCUCAGCCAGACGACCACCAGCACGCUCCAGACCCCAGCGCCGCCGCGCCCCGGGUUUCGCCGCACCCAAGACCUAGCGAGUGCUGCGGCAGCCGCCAAGGAGGUUCGAAAACAUGGCCAAAAGAAAUGCUGAGAAGGAACUGACAGAUAGGAAUUGGGAUCAAGAAGAUGAAGCUGAAGAGGUGGGAACGUUCUCCGUGGCCAGUGAGGAAGUCUUGAAGAAUAGAGCUAUAAAGAAAGCAAAGCGCAGAAAUGUUGGAUUCGAAUCUGACAGUGGAGGAGCCUUUAAAGGUUUUAAAGGUUUGGUUGUACCUUCCGGAGGAGGACGGUUUCCUGGAUUUGGUAGUGGUGCUGGAGGGAAGCCUUUGGAAGGACUGUCGAAUGGAAACAACAUAACCAGUGCCCCUCCCUUCACCAGUGCUAAGGCAGCGGCAGAGCCCAAGGUAGCCUUUGGUUCUCUUGCUGCAAAUGGCCCUACCGCCUUGGUUGAUAAAAAAGUUUCAAAUCCCAAAACUAACGGGGACAGUCAGCAGCCCUCCUCCUCUGGCCUUGCUUCCAGUAAGGCUUGUGUCGGAAAUGCCUAUCACAAGCAGUUGGCCGCCUUGAACUGCUCCGUGCGGGAUUGGAUAGUGAAGCACGUGAAUACAAACCCCCUCUGUGAUCUGACACCUAUCUUUAAAGACUACGAGAAAUAUUUAGCAAACAUUGAACAGCAACACGGGAAUGGUGGCAGGAAUUCUGAAAGUGAAUCUAACAAAACGGCGGCUGAAACACAGUCUCCUUCCCUUUUCGGCUCAGCAAAGUUACAGCAAGAGUCAACGUUUUUGUUUCAUGGCAACAAAACUGAAGAUGCGCCUGACAAGAAGGUGGAGGUUGCAUCUGAAAAGAAAACGGACCCAUCACUAGGAGCGACAAGUGCCUCGUUUAAUUUCGGCAAGAAAGUUGAUAGCUCUGUUUUGGGCCCAUUAAGCUCUGUCCCCCUGACUGGAUUUUCAUUUUCCCCUGGAACCUCCAGUUUAUUUGGUAAAGAUACCACCCAGAGUAAACCAGGCUCUUCACCAUUUCCCACCAAACCACUGGAGGGCCAAGUGGAAGGUGACAGUGGUGAAUGCAAAGGUGGAGAUGAAGAAGAGAAUGAUGAGCCACCCAAAGUAGUAGUUACCGAAGUAAAAGAAGAUGAUGCUUUUUACUCCAAAAAGUGUAAACUAUUUUACAAGAAAGACAAUGAGUUUAAAGAGAAAGGCAUAGGUACUCUGCAUUUAAAACCUACAGCGAAUCAGAAGACACAGCUUUUGGUGCGGGCAGACACCAAUUUAGGCAACAUAUUGCUGAAUGUUCUGAUUCCGCCCAAUAUGCCAUGUACGCGAACAGGGAAAAAUAACGUUCUCAUCGUCUGUGUUCCAAAUCCACCAAUCGACGAGAAGAAUGCCACCAUGCCAGUCACCAUGCUGAUUCGGGUAAAAACCAGCGAGGAUGCAGAUGAGUUGCACAAAAUUUUACUGGAGAAAAAGGAUGCCUGAACGUGCGAAGUCGGCUGCGGAAUUAUUGCCAAGUUGCUGCUUCUCCCACCGCCCCUUAAACUUAGUCAGUUUUUCUUCUCUUCUUUGACAUUCUAAGAACUUAUAGAUAACUUAAAACUUUUGUGAGGAAGAUUAAUGUGGCCAAUAAAACCUUUAAAUGUUAAGUGUCAGGAAACCGCACUCUCCCUUCUUAAGAACUGCCUAAAGUCUAAAAUACAUUCGAAUGCAAUUUUUGGAAGAUUUUUUAAUGUUCGUUUGUUUAUUAAACUAACCCUAAGUGAUUUCUUCAAGGACUGCAAUCAGGGUAUCGAUUCGCUUUCCCAAAGGCUCUUCCAACCCGUGGGUUUUGGGGUCCACCGCCACCACCAGAGAGGCUCUUGAACAGGUGCCUGGCUAUGUUCAGAAGAAAGCUGGCUUGUGUGCUUCUCUCCGGUGGGCUCAGCCGACGUGUGAGACUCAUUCUGUUACCAAAUGAACUGGGCUGCCACGCUGUGACAGGUGUCUGUCCUCUGCUUUAUUUGUAUUUUGAAGCUAAAAUGUGAGUACUAAGUGUUCACCUCAGCAUACGAAUCAUUGGCCUGUAGCCCUGUGGGCUGCUUCAUGAGAAUUCAGGACCUGCAUUUUCAUUUUAAAAGGAAAUGAACAGCUUGUGAAGGAUUUUUUUGGCUUUGUAGUUUCUAUUCAUGAGGUAGUGUUAACUUCUUUAUCCCCCUAAAGACAAAAUUAAGAUAACGGGGGAUUGCCAGGAAUGGGUUUAAAAGCACAAGUUUGGUAGCUUAUCAUCUACACCAUGGACAGGGAACCCUUUUACGAAAUGAAAGUCAAACGAGACCAUCCUAGAAAAAGAAGAUGCUCAUAGGCAUUUGUACCAUAAUCAACCCCACGCAUAUGAAAACUAUGACCAAGUGACGUGCCUGGGAACUUUGACACACGAGCCAUUUGAAUUCACUAGGAAACAUGUAAUAAGGUAAUGGAAGAGAAAAUCGUGUGUAAAUUUUGCCUUUAACUUUAGACAGCAGUAUAUUAUACAUUUGAUACCUGAAAUAUCUUUACUUUUUUAAGAAUAAGAUUCCAUAUGUCUGUUUGGAAGGGAGCCAUGGUUAUGCACACGAAUAUCGACGUCACUUCUCCAGAGCUGUCAGGUAACUAACACGAGCGUUCUUGGAAGAUUCUGGGCAGAGGAAUGAGAUGCACAAUUGAAUGUUUAAAUAUCCACUUUGAUUCCUCAUGAAUCGUUUGAGACUAGUGCCAGCUGAUCUCGUGUACAGGCUCAGGGUCGGUGCCCAAGGGCUCACAUGUGUGUUCUGAUCUUCGGUGCUUUGUGCGUUCUCAUGUAGAAGAGAGUAGUCAGAAUAAUUGUGGACGGCACAGUGGCUUUUUUAAAACUACAAUCUUUAGGUGUAAAGUUUGGGGCCAGGAGCAAUUUUGUGAUCAAAUAUGAUGAACUCCUAAGUACCUGAGGUGUGAUUGGGCCAACGCUGUCAUGAGGUUCUUGCUCUACUUUCAGUGUUCUGAUUCCACCGGGAGAAUCUGGCCUAGUGUGUGGCUUUGCAUGAAUCCGUGCAGAGAGGUGUGCUUGUACUGAUACAGGGUGCUGUCAGACAUAGCUAUAGUAGGCACCUAGGAAGUGGCCAUUAUUUUUACAUUGACUUUUUAGAAUUGAGAAUGCAUGUGAGUUUUUGUUGCCGAUGAUAGUAAGCAAGUGGUUGAUGCUGUUAAUACCCGCCCUGCCCAAUUGACAUUAGGUUUAUUCAACUUUUAAAAAGAUGAAGAACUAAGGGGAACAAAUUUAAGUUUAUUGCAACUUAGCCUUGGUACCAGCUGGAAUCAAGCUCGCAGGCAUCUUUCGGACACUUAAGAGCGUAUGACACAGCACUUUGUUAGCGUCUGCGCGUGUAUGGAAAGUCUACAAAAAAUGGCAUGAAAAGAUCAUGAUCGGAUUAUCUUUUAAGCCUGCCCCUUCUGUAAAAAAUAGUUUAUAUAUUUUUAAAUUAGUAGGUAUGUGUGGCUUUCUUUUUUCCUAACAUUCCCAGCAAAUUUUUGCUGCUAAGACUAUCACUGUUAAAGUGAAAAUUACAGGGAAAAUGUGACACGUCUACCAUAAAACUCAGAAUGGGGGAUUUUCUUAAAAUCACUCUUGUAUGCUUUAGGAACUGGUUGGUCUCCACUUUGAUUGUUGGUGUAAAGAGCCUGAGUACACGUGGAUUUGACUGUGAAAUGUAACUCCUUGUCUUUUACUUGGGGCAUGGGGCCCCCGGAGGGCCUACCUGUUUUCCCCACUAUGUUAACAGGUAAUUCUGAUUUAUGCGUCUAGUUUGACUUAUUUUUAACAAAAUAUUAGCAAUUAUGCUUUAAAAUGUUUAAUGUGGACUGAAAUUUUCGUUUUUUGAGAAUCUAUGAAGUGUAUCAUAUACGUGGCCUAAAGUAAGGUGUGUAUUUUGUUAUUCUAAAAUUGUUUUGCAUCUUGGCAAAUACUAAGUAUCCCAGUGGCCUUUUUUUUUUUUAAAACCUGUGUAUCCAUCUCAUCCUUUUGCGCAUUCCUAGUAAGCAAAAAAAUUUGUUAUGCCAUCUUCAUUAUUUGAAUUACAGACUUAAAAUAUGUCCAGUUUUUAAAGAAGUUUAGAUUAUGUUUUCCAUGGAAGGACAAGUCUGACUGUUCAUGGAUUUUCUUUAAGAGGAUUAUUAUAUUUUACAAUUUCAAUUCUAGAUUACAAUUUUAUAUAUGCUGCAUGCCAAAAAAAAAGAGAGAGAGAGAAAACUACCUUUUCUGGUGUAGAGGGGAAGAAAAACUAACAUUCUACCUUACUGGUAGAGUUCAAAACAAGUUUUCACUGAGAGCCUUUUCAGUAAAAGUUAAACAAGUUUGUUUUUUGAGCAUUUGUCAGUUAUUGUUUCAGAAGAGUCAAAAUUCAAGCACGAUGCAUUUUGAAGGCUUUGCAAACUCCUAAACCCCUGAUGAGUCCUCUCAUUCUGGAAGUGGGAAUUUGAGUAGAUACUGGUUUGUCCCGUAGUAUGGUAGAUGAUGGGGAGGUCUUUUCCAAUCAGGCACUCGGAACACAGGCCACUGUAUGUUCUCAGCCAGUAACAAUGAUCCUGAGGACGAAGGACUCUCCGUUUGAUGCAGACACAAUUGUAAUGGAGAUGUAAACUUCUUAGCAAUCAGAUGGAUAAAUUGUUUGCUUUUUACUUUAAAUAGGAAAUUGUUUUCUAAAACUAAAAUACUUGAAUUGUCAGACAAUAUAAUCUCAGCUUGUGUUAGAUUUGAAUGCUCCCAUCGAGGAAGUGUAACCAAUCCAUGAAAUGUGAAUAAAUGAAAAGUAAACAAAA